CCCGCCGCCCUUUGCCGCGGGGGCUCCGGCAGUUCCAGUCCGGGGAUCGUCCCGUUCUGAACAGCCCAAGUGUGCAGAAUGCCCCACAAGAUUGGAUUUGUAGUUGUCAGCUCGUCGGGACACGAAGAUGGCUUCAGUGCCCGGGAACUCAUGAUUCACGCGCCAACCGUCAGUGGGUGGAGGUCACCAAGAUUUUGCCAAUUUCCACAAGAAAUUGUUCUUCAAAUGGUGGAGAGAUGUCGGAUAAGAAAACUUCAAUUACUUGCUCACCAGUAUAUGAUUUCAAGUAAAAUUGAGUUCUACAUCAGUGAAAGCUUGCCUGAAUAUUUUAUGCCUUAUCAAGCAGAGCGGUUUCGAAGACUUGGCUACGUCUCUCUCUCUGAUAAUGAGAAGACGGGGUGCAAAGCCCGGGAACUAAAAUCCGUUUACGUAGAUGCAGUAGGACAAUUUCUUAAGCUGAUUUUUCACCAAAACCAUGUCAACAAAUACAACAUCUACAACCAGGUUGCUUUGGUUGCAAUAAAUAUCAUUGGAGACCCUGCAGAUUUCAGUGAUGAAAGCAAUAUUACCUCUAGAGAGAAGCUGAUUGACCUUUAUCUUGGGCACAACACAGAGGACCCAGCCCUGGAAGGCACUUCUGCUGGGAAAUCUGACUAUAUCUCUCCACUAGACGACUUAGCUUUUGAUAUGUACCAAGACCCAGAAGUUGCACAAAUUAUACGCAAAUUGGAUGAAAGAAAACGUGAAGCUGUUCAAAAAGAACGCUAUGAUUAUGCCAAGAAAUUAAAACAAGCUAUUGCUGAUUUGCAAAAGGUCGGUGAGCGCCUUGGGAGGUACGAGGUGGAGAAACGCUGUGCAGUGGAGAAGGAAGAUUACGACCUGGCCAAGGAGAAGAAGCAGCAGAUGGAGCAGUACCGUGCCCAGGUGUACGGGCAGCUGGAGCUGCACAGCCUCCUGGACGCCGCGCUGAUGCGAAGACCUCUCGAUUUGCCCCCGCAGCCCCUUGUUCCUUCUGGCAGCCCUGGCCAGCGAAAGCUGAUGCCUGUACUACCACAGCCGGAAGAAAGAAGAACAGAAAACCAGUUUGCAGAACCUUUCCUUCAGGAAAAGCCUUCAUCGUAUUCUCUAACUGUGUCUCCUCAGCACCCUGCAGUAGGCCAGUCACUGCCUGCCCCAGAGCCGCCUCCAAAGACCAAUGUGGAGUCUCUGCCCUAUGACGAGCGGCCACUUCCAGCUAUUCGCAAGCAGCAGGGGGACGCAUUGGUGGAGCCAGAAGUAAGUGACACAGACGUCAGGGAUGCACAGAAAGGGGCCGUUUCAGGGGAGCCGGAGCCCUUGACAGAGAAAGCUCUGAGAGAAGCCAGCUCCGCCAUCGACGUGUUAGGAGAGACCUUGGUUGCCGGGGCGUAUUCCAAGACGUGGUCAUACCGAGAGGACGCGCUGCUUGCUUUGUAUAAACAGCUGAUGGAAAUGCCCAUUGGAACUCCAAAAGAAGAUUUGAAAAACAUACUGAGAGCGUCCAUCUUCCUCAUCCGAAGAGCCAUAAAGGACAUUGUGAGCCCAGUCUUCCAGGCUUCUUUGAAGUUGUUGAAAAUGAUCAUCACUCAAUAUAUCCCUAAACACAGGCUGGGUAAACUUGAAGCAACUCACUGUGUGGAGAGGACCAUUCCCAUUCUGCUCACCAGGACGGGGGACUCUUCCGCCCGCCUCCGUGUCAUGGCUGUAAAUUUCAUUCAGGAAAUGGCCUUGUUUAAAGAAGUGAAGUCUUUCCAAAUUAUUCCAUCUUACUUGGUGCAGCCACUAAAAGCAAACUCUUCAGCUCAUCUGGCAAUGAGUCAGAUGGAGCUCCUGGCCCGGCUGCUGAAAGACCUGGGCACUGAGAGCUCCGGCUUCACUGUGGACAACGUGAUGAAGUUUUCAGUGAGUGCGCUGGAGCAUAGAGUGUAUGAGGUUCGAGAGACAGCGGUUAGAAUAAUUCUGGACAUGUAUAAACAGCACCAGGCUUUUGUUCUAGAGUACCUUCCUCCAGAUGACAGCAACACACGCAAGAACGUUCUCUACAAGACCAUCUUUGAGGGAUUUGCUAAAAUAGAUGGCAGACCUACAGAUGCUGAAAUCAGGGCACAGAAAAAAGCAGCUGUAGAAGAAGCAGAAAAACAAAAGAAAGAAGAAAUUAAAGCCCUGCAGGGGCAGCUGGCCAUGCUGAGGGAGGCAGAGGCUGACAUCCAGGAAAAAGAAAGUGAUGCUAUGAAGCCAAAGAUUCAGGAUUCUCAAGGAAGGAAAGCAGCCCUGCCUGAAGCUCAAGCUGUGGGAAUUCCAGACAGCCACUACUUAGACAAUUUGUGUAUUUUUUGUGGGGAGAGGAGUGAGUCCUUCACAGAGGAAGGCCUGGAUCUCCACUACUGGAAGCACUGCCUCAUGCUGGCCAGAUGUGAGCACUGCAAACAGGUGGUGGAGAUUUCCAGCCUGACGGAGCACCUGCUGACAGAAUGUGACAAAAAGGAUAGGUUUGGGAAGUGCUACCGUUGCAGCGAGGCUGUUUUAAAGGAAGAGCUGCCCAGACACAUAAAAGCCAAGGACUGUAACCCUGCCAAACCAGAGAAGCUGGCAAACCGCUGUCCUCUGUGCCAUGAGAAUUUCACCCCCGGGGAAGAGGCAUGGAAGGCUCACCUCAUGGGCCCUGCUGGCUGUACCAUGAACCUGCGGAAGACACACAUUCUGCAGCGGGCCCAGGCGCUGACCGGUAGAGGCCCCCCAGCGGCCAGGACAGGCCUCUCUGGGUCUAAGAUGGGAAGCAAGAUCCCUACACCAAAGGGGGGCCUGAGCAAAAGCUCUGGCAGGACAUACACGAAGCGAUGAUGGGUGUCGGUCUGCUGCGCGGGACUAAGAACUCUGUUUGGCCUUGGUGUCCCGGUGCCCCGCUGGGCCAUGCCUGGGGCCCUUACUCGUCAGCAUAAGGAGCAAACGACAUGUGUGCAACUGACCAAAGAGCCCUUGUCCUCACCACACUGUGUUGGGCUUUCAGGUUCUGACUUUGUCAGGCCUUUGUGAGGAACAUGAAGAGUAGCCGGUCUGUGUGGGAAGAACCAGAAAUCCCUGCACCGGGAGGUACGAAAGCAGCCCCCAGGCAGGCAGCACACACAACUUCUGCUUUUCUUAAUUGCUUACAGCAAUUUCCAUAAAAAAUUUACUGUAAACUCUUUGCAUAUUGGUCUCUGUCACACCUGGUAGAAUUUCCCCAGGGCUUUGUCUCAGCUGGGCUGUAGUCCCAGGGGCUGGAUGGUGUGCAGAGGUUCCACUGCGCCGCCCUCCCCUGCAGGCCUUGCCCCUAGGCUUUCUGCCGGCUGCUGAGUGCAGGGUGUUGGCAUCUGCAGAGCUCAGGUUUCCAUGACAACAGGAAGUAAAGGUAAAAAGGGAAAUCUAAACCAAGGAGCUCCUGAGCGCAGCCCAGUGCAGCACUCGCCUGUGCGUGCAUGUUACCCACAGACCUCACCCACUGCAACUGGGGCAGACACGGACUUCGCUCAUGGGGCCGUAGCAGGCCUUUGCUCAGAGGUACUUCAAAUUCUCCACACUUCUAAAUUCCUGCAAAAAAAAAUGUUAAAUGAUUUUCGACCUGAUUGCCUGUGCUCACCUGACUGACCAUGUGUCAGAACUACCCUUUCUUAAAAUCUUGCUUAGACUGAAGCAUAGAAUAGCUUCUGCAUAUAGUAACUAUCUAUGGUGGAGUCUUCAGCGUAAGUCCACAGGCUCAAAAUCUUUCUGGUCUGGGUCUAUUGUACUGUCCCUUUCAAAUCCAUAUUGUAAUUGGAACUGUAAAUCUACUUUUUUCAAAUGGUUCACAGGAUGUUUAAAACACCAAAACUGCUUAAAAUGGUGAAACCAAACCUCAAAAAACAGUCCCCUAAGCAGAUCUUCACCC